AAUAUCAUUUCCAUGAGGAAUUCAGAAAGUCCUUUGGGAUUUUAUGGGAUAUUAUUUUUUUUUGUUAUUUUUGUUUGAUAUUAAAAAUGUCCGCAAUAGUACAUUAUCUACACAGUUAUUUUAUUCUAUGUGUGACCUACAAAAUUUUUACUUCUGCCAUAAGUUCUCCAUAUUAAUUCCUUUUCAUGAUAGAAAUGUGUUCUCAUUGCAAUUAAAAAACAAUUAUAUGGUGAAUGAUUGUGUUAUGUAGUGAAAAAGAUUGAUUAUUAAAUUGCAAAUUGUAUAUCUUAUCGUUUCAUACAUCCAACAUAAUACCGAAUUGCCAUAAGUUUAUUUACGUACCUAACAAUCAUCCAUUUUACUGGUUACUGUUACUUAUUUACUUUCCGUUAGAAACAACUGCAGCGCGCACACCACAAGUGAUUUUUUUUUUUGUACUCCAUAAUUUAAUAUUGAGAAAAAAUCAGUGCAAAAAUGAAUAAUGUUAGUGAUACACCCGUUCCUGACCCCGGUUCUGGAGAAAAGGAGAUGGAUGCAUCAAGUUCCUUUAUUGGACAACGCACGUCAAUGCAAGAAACCAAACAAUCUGGAGCUCUCAAGAAAACUAGUCGCUAUCGUAGUCGAUCCCUUUCGGCUUCAUCGACAGAUUCUUAUAGUUCGGCAUCAUACACUGGAAGUAGUUCGGACGAAGAUGACGUACCUCCACGUGAAAAAGUUCAGAAGAACAGCAAAGGAAGUAUAGACUUUUGUGUUCGUAAUAUUCAAGGUCAACAUGCAUUUGGCAGACGUGAGAUUGAAAUAGCUGAACAGGAAAUGCCUGGAAUAAUGGCUCUCCGAAAGCGAGCAAGUGAAGAUAAACCAUUGAAGAAUGCAAAAAUUGUCGGUUGUACGCAUAUAAACGCACAAACAGCAGUACUCAUUGAGACCCUUGUAGAACUGGGAGCAUCGAUUCGUUGGGCUGCUUGUAACAUAUACUCAACACAGAAUGAAGUGGCAGCUGCGCUAGCUGAAGCUGGAUAUCCUAUAUUUGCUUGGCGCGGUGAAACCGAAGAAGAUUUUUGGUGGUGUAUUGAUAAAUGCGUCAAUGCCGAAAAUUGGCAACCAAAUAUGAUUCUGGACGAUGGCGGUGAUGCAACACAUUUGAUGUUAAAAAAAUAUCCCGCUAUGUUUAAAAUGGUCAAAGGUAUAGUAGAAGAGAGUGUAACUGGAGUACAUCGCUUAUACCAGCUGUCGAAAUCUAGCAAAUUAACUGUACCAGCAAUGAACGUUAAUGACUCUGUAACAAAAACUAAAUUUGAUAAUCUUUAUAGUUGCAAGGAAUCAAUUUUGGAUAGUUUAAAACGAUCAACCGAUGUUAUGUUUGGUGGAAAACAAGUUGUAAUAUGUGGCUAUGGGGAAGUUGGAAAAGGUUGUGCACAAGCUUUAAAAGGACAUGGUUGCAUUGUUUACAUCACUGAAAUUGAUCCAAUAUGUGCUCUUCAGGCUAGCAUGGAUGGCUUUCGCGUAGUCAAAUUAAAUGAGGUUAUACGCAAUGUUGAUAUUGUCGUCACUGCAACUGGGAACAAAAAUGUUGUCAAUCGUGAGCAUAUGGAUAAAAUGAAGAGUGGUUGCAUUAUUUGUAAUAUGGGCCAUUCAAACACAGAGAUUGAUGUUAAUAGUCUACGUACGCCAGACUUAACAUGGGAAAAAGUUCGUUCCCAAGUCGAUCAUAUUAUUUGGCCCGAUGGGAAAUGGAUAAUUCUAUUGGCCGAGGGUCGUUUAGUAAAUUUAUCAUGUUCGAGCAUACCAUCAUUUGUCGUUUCGAUAACAUCUGCAACACAAGCACUUGCUUUAAUUGAGUUAUUUAAUGCACCUCCUGGGCGAUAUAAGUCUGAUGUAUAUCUCUUGCCUAAAAAGAUGGACGAGUAUGUAGCUAGCUUACAUCUACCCACCUUUGACGCACAUUUAACAGAGCUUUCUGAUGAACAGGCUAAAUAUAUGGGAUUAAAUAAGGCUGGUCCGUUUAAGCCUAAUUACUAUAGGUGAGUCGAAGAUAUUAAGGAUUGUUUUCCUUUUCCCAAUAAAUAUUUUUGUUGGUAAAAUAAAAAACAAAGCCAUCAAUCACUCAAUAACGAAAUCAUCACUUGGGAGAUCUUCAGUAUACAUCAUCUUUUUAGCUUUUUUAUUUUCUUUAAGAAAUGUUUGGUAAGAAUAUUUUGAUUUUUAUUAUUUCAAUUGAAAAGUAUACAUUAAUAGCUUCAAAUAUUCGGUUAAUUAUAUACAUACAAAUGACAUGAAGGAAUGAAUAGAGUUUGCGUCUUCUCUAAAUACCUAAUUCGUGUCUUACUCUAAAGAAUUUUUCACUAGGCAGGUUAAAAAAAAAAUUAGUAACUUAAAGUUUAUCAAUUUAUAGAAAGUUAGUCAAGCAAAAUCUGCUUUAAUUUGUUAGGAGAAAUUGCACAGGGUGUAAAACUUUAUCAUUUUCCGUGCUUUAAACAAUCACAGUUAAAAAUUAAAAAAAUGUAUGAAGCAAUGUAUGAAUAUAUAGGACGCGUUUUUUUUUUUUUUUUUUUUUUUUGAAAGGCACACAACCAUACCAAGAACAAUUUAACUAUCCGAAAGUAUAAGUUAAUGUACAUAUGCAAGAUUUGUACGUGCACCUAAUCGAUCGUCAAUCUCCUUGUAACAUGAAUUCCCUCUCCACAACUUGUUGUAAUACGUUCUCUAUCUAAAUCACAGCGUGUUUAAAAAAUACAUCUGGAUGUAAAUAAUGUAAAAUGUCAAAAAUAAAUCCAAUUCCAUAAUAUUCACUACUUAAAUCCAAUCUUUAAUCCAAUUUUUAAAUCCAAUCUCGUUAAACCCAAACAAAUUUAAACAGCUGUCUGCAGAUCUGUUUAACUUUAUAAAUCCAGAUGUAAAAUUCAUUUUCAGAGUGUUCAGUUGUUUUGUCAAGUUCUGUGAAGGAAAAAUAAAGAUAAAUGCAAAAAAUUAUACAAAAUUUAUUGAAUAAUCACAUUUUUUUUUUUUGAGUGAAUAAUAUGAACAAAAAAUUAAAUCAUUGGAUUUAUGAAAUUCAGAUUUAAUGGAUUGGAUUUAAAAUAAACUUUAAUCCAAAUUAAAUCCAGAGUGAAUAAUAUGGCCGUUAGUCAUUAUCACUACUUUCAUAUUAAUUAUCUGUACCAUUAACUUUUACUCUAUCAUAUUUUGUCCCUCUUAAAACCCUUAUUAGCGAGUUGUUUAAGUAUGAUUGUUAGUAAAAGUUUAAAAAGCAAAUUUUAGUAAAUCUAUUUUGUCAGCUUCACCACACAGAGCGCAUUUGAAACUGCGUUGUAAUAAGAGCCAUGUUUUUACUGAGUAAACAUUUUAUGCUGUAAACAACAACAAACGAUAACUUUUAUUUAUUAUUAAUAAUCCUUUAUUGUUGAAGGGUCAAAAAUGUAUAAGCAUGGACGUAUUAUAUAAAACAUCCAUGUGUAUAAGUUUAGAAAAAAUCUCUGUAAAGCAACAAAUAAAAAACUUGUUUAUCCUUAGCAUUCAUUUGUUGUUGUUUCCCGUGAAAAAUUUUACUGAGCUAAGUACUGAGUUCAAAAAAAAAAA